AUGUACCCCCGGCAGUCCAGAAGUGGAGGGAGUGGCGUCGAAGCAGGACCAGUCAGUCCAUCACCCCUGGCUUGGAAACAUGCACCCCGCUCCAGUCUUCGUAGCCGCGUUUCUAUUGGCCACCGCUUCCUCUAUCAAGCUACUCUCCAAGCAGCGUAUGUAUUGCCGAUCGUCCCAUUUACAUUGACACUACCAAUUCUUCGGGGUCACCCGUCCAACGGGAUGACCGAAGGGCCGCAACACUUUCCCUGGUCCAUUGAGUUGCGCAAUGGAGGACGUAACCGGACCGCUUUCUCCAGCCACCCACUCCAGCCUGGAAAAGAUGUAUCGAGUAGUAAGUAG